GUGAGUCGGGCCUCAUAGAUGCCUUGUACAUGCUGUCGGAUGCCCACCGGCAGAUGGCCUCGACCAUGCAAGAGAAGCCUCAGGCGGCCCUCAGUAUCGUGGGACAGUAUUCGGAAAAGUUCCGCGCCGCUGGGAACAAGCGCGGACAGGCCACCAUGCUCCUGGCCCUGGCAGAGAUUAACCACGACAAGCGUGGUCGCAAGAAACGUCAGGAGUCACUGGUCAGUGCACAGGAAGCAUUGCAGACUUUCCAGCAGACCCAGGAUACAAAGUUUGAGGCUUUGACGCUGAUGGUAAUGUCUAUGGCGCACUACAAGUUCUUCAUGUACGACGACAUGCUCUCGGAAGCUCUCUCUGCGCUGCAGAUCGCAGAGGAGCUGGGGGACAAGUUCCUCACCGCCCGAGCCCUCAACGUGGCUGGCCUCGCUUUCAGCUCACAGAGGAAAGUCGACGAAGCUAUGGAGAAGGGCAAAGCCGCCAUGGCUCUCUGGCGGGAGCUCGGACUGAGGCGCCAGGAGGCAGUGCAGAGUCAUGCGAUGGCAGGCUGGCUGCUUUACGGCCGCUGGCCCAAGAAAGCCCUGGCUCUUGCAGAGCAGACGCUGGAAAUCUUCCGCGCCCUGGGCCCCGCCGGCAUUCCCAAUGGCGCCAAGCACCGCCGCGAGGCCAUGUGCGUGUACAUGAUCAUCGAGAUCAUGACGGAGCUCAAACAGUACAAGCCGGCGCUCAAGUUCGCCAAGAACGCCUUCGACCGCUUCGUGGAGCUGGACUGCCUGCUUGGCCAGGGCAUGGUGAAGGAUGCCAUGGGCCGUGUCUACAUUGUGCUCGACAAGCCGGACAAGGCCAUUGAGGCCGUGGACCAGGCCCGUGCCAUUGCAGACACCAUGGGAGACAAGCGCUGGAGUGCGAAGCUCCUCUUUGGGGUGGCGCAAGCUCACAUGAAAGCCAAGGACAUCAACGAGGCCGUGGAAACCUUGGACAAGACGAUUGGCUUGGCCCAGGCUGCUGGCGACAUGCAGGAGACGGCUCGCUUACAGCAGAACCUCAUCGACGCGCUGCUCUUCCGGCAGAGGAAUCCGAAGGCUGCUCUUCGUGUCGCCAAGGAGGCCAGAAGCAUGGCCCAGAAGAAUGGCGACAAGCGCGCCGAAGCCAUGGCGGUGCUCCGGGAAGCCAUGUCCAACGGUGCCAUGGGGAAGCGGGAGGAAGCCCUGCAGUCUGCCAAGCAGGCCCAAGAGUUCUUCCAGGAGUCCUACUGGCCCCGUGGUGAGGCGCAAUGCCUUCACUUUAUGGCAGAUUUGCGCAGUCAGAUGGGAGACCUUGAUGCAGCCCUGGAGAACGCCGAAGAGCGCCUCGCAGUGCUUCGAUCGCUGCACGAUUUGAGCAUGGAGGCGAAUGCCAUGAUGCAGCUUGCCAACCUGCACAUCAAGGACGACAACUUCGAGGAGGCAGAGCGGCUGGCCAAGGAGUCUCACGACCUCGGCAAGAAGGAUCGGAAUCCGAGGGUCCAGAUCGACGCGCUCUUGCUUCAAGCCCAGCUGCUGAACACAAAGGUCUUGGAGAAACCUGAGGACAAGGCGAUGAAGCCCUUCACCGACCGAGCAGUGAGGACGGUCAACGAGGCACUUCAGGUCGCCGGGAAGGCGGAGAACCGCGGCCUCCGCGCUCUGGUCCUCUUCAAGCGGGCCGAGACCAUGGUACUGGCUGGCAGGCAUCAGACCGGUCUUCGAGAUGUCAAGGAAGCCUCUGGCAUCUUCGAGGAGAUGGACCACUACCAAGCCCUGGGCAGAUGCCUCCUCCUGUCGGGCAACAUCAAGCAUGCGCUAGGACAAGAGGAGGCAGGGGCUGCAGAUGUCGACCGCGCAGACUUCAUCGCCAAGGAGAUCGGCGAUCAUCAGCUGGCCGACGAGGUGCAGUCCUUCCGAAAGGCAUUGGAGGAGAAGCGCCUCGAGAAGGAGCGCGCAGCGCAGGUGCAGAUCGAGCAGCCGCAGCUCUUAGCUCCGCAGCCCGGAGCUGCAGCCGCGCCGACGGCACAGCCGGAGGCACAGAGCGUCGCCCCGGCCAAGCCUGCUGGUUUGGACCCGGUCUACGUGCGGAAGCAGCUAGCCGCCAUGGUCAAGGAUGCCAUUGCAAGCGACGACGAGCUCGAAUUGGACAGUCCGUUCAUGGACGCAG